AUUGACGCGAAGUUCCUACUUCUUUUCCUUUUCACCUAGGGUAUCUGUUUCUUUGAGCGAGGAGUUGGUUUCGGUAUCUACCGUGGAUAAUGCAUUUACAAGCAGAUGAACUCUAUCGAUCUACCUUCGGAAAGGAACUGGCGUCUAUGGACUGCGACCAAACACUCCACUCCUGUCGUCGAAGUCCGACGCGUUGAGAGACGUGGCGCAAAGAUCGCCUUUACGAACAACCUACUUUUCUUUUCUCCAGCAUCACUGGCGGCUAUCAACAGCCAAGCCUUAGACGACCUGACCGUCAUGAUAGCAAAUACCACGAUUACGACUUCUUCUCUUCUAUUUAUAUUUCUAACGUGAAAAUCAGUCCUGAAGCUACAAUUAGUGUUUCCAGCACUUGUUCACUACGUACAUCUUGGCGCUUCAAAUCACAGACGCAUGAAUGACUCUGAAGGCUACGACAUCCAAAGUUUGCUUGCUUGGAUUUGCAACGCCGCGGGUACUUUGGCUCCCAGUACUGUACUUGAACUGAUGAUACUCAGGCAAGCAUUCGAACGAUGAAUCCACAUACUGUCCGGGUGAUCCCGAAUUGGCCAGGAUCGCCCCUACGAGGCAUCGACUGAUACGUGUGCAAACACCUCGGAGCCACGUUGUGUCAACAUAUCAAUCCACAAUCCUGCACCCGCGGAGCAUAGCCACUACAGACUGUUUCGUGUUCCAGAUGCAAGCUAUGUACAG